CAUAUGAAAUUGCAGCCAUUUUGGACCUUUGAAUCCGACCAGAUCAACCAACCUGCAAAAUGACAAAAGAAAUUAAGCAAUUUUGACAUGUGAACUUAGGGAAGGCAAAUACCCUAACAAUAUGUAAGGUUACAGACCAAUUGGAAAAAAGCCUUAAGAACCCAGAUAUUUUAUAAAAGGACAUGGUUUUAGAGAAGUACAUGUGGAUAUUGAUUACUUUCAGUUGAAGGAUGUCUAGUUAAUGGCCAUGCCAGCGUCGGAUUCUACAUGUGAUGCAACUUCACAACCAAAAGAUUGUAUGCAGGCAUUAGACGAAGCUGAUCCUAACAACGAGUUCAACAGAAAUUUUAAUCAGAGUUUACUUGGAUUAAAGGCACUCAACAGUCAGACAGGUCACGAUUUAGACUUUAGUGAAUAUCUAAGUCUUAAGAUGGAAAAGAAAGAUGAUGACUUGGUCAUACUAGACGACACACCAAAACUCCUACAGAAAAAUGGAAACGACCUUGACCUUCUCUCAAGGCCGAAGAAAUUUACAAUUAACGAUAGUAUCAGGAAUUCUUUCAAGGAUAUCAUAACAAGUGUCAAAAACGAAAAACUGGUAAAAUCCCAAGAUAAUUCAAAUGAUGCAAACAGUCUUGGAAAUCUUCUAGCUCAAACAAAAUCUAUAGGAUUGGAAUCACGAAAUAAAUGUAAUAUUAUCAAGAACAGUAUUUCCCAAAAUGGUAUGACAGAGAAACAUUUGGGAAAUAAUUUAUUUGAAAACUUAAAAGACAUUCAGGGUACACCAGAAACCUCAGACAAAAUUCAAAAUAAUUCAAGCAUAAAGACCGUGGAUACAAAACCAAAUCCAGAUGUUAUAGAACUUGAUGACUCCUUUGAAGAUGAACUUCUCAAGUCUAAUGGAGACUCACAGUCCCAAACCAAAACUUCUGAAGAAGAUUUGGAUAAGAAAGAGGAGGACAAACUUCUCCAGCUGGAAGCUGAUGUGGACGUAGAUAGUAAAGGCAACACCAAUGAUCUCAAAUAUGAAAAUAAACUUUUAGAAUUAGAUAAUGAGAAUUCUAAUCAUAGUGUGACUAGUGUAAAAAGUAAUCAAAGUGUGAAAAGUAAUCACAGUACAAAAAGUAAUCACAGUAUAAAAAGUAAUCACAGUGUGAAAAGUAAUCAUAGUGUGAAAUCAGAAGCAAGUGUUAAGUCAAUAUAUAGCGAUAAAUCUGUAAAAAGUAAUCAUAGUGUGAAGUCAGUAAAUAGUGAUAAAUCUGUAAAAAGUAAUCAUAGCAUCAUUUCAGAAACUAGUGUUCAUAGCAUAAGUUCAGUUCAUCAUAAAAAACAAGAUGACAUUUCAAUUCAUAGUGAUUCAAGUAAUCAUAGUCAUAACUCGGAAAUUAGUGUACCAUCUAACACAAAUCAUAGUCUUGACAUAAGUGUUCCAUCUAAUACCAGUCAUAGUAGUGCAAAAUCUGACAUUAGCAUUCAUAAUGAAAAGCCAGAAAUUAAUAAUUCUAGUACAAAAUUAGACCUCAGUAUUCACAAUGAAUCUAGCAGUCAUAGCAUUAAAUCGGAUUCAAAUGACCAAUCAACUUGUAAAGUUGUGGAACCUGAGUCACAAUGUGAUAAAUUAACAAAUGUUGACAAUGGUCUUCUUAUUAAUAAUGAUGUCACAAAGUCUGUUAGCAGUGAAAAAGUUACUGAUAGUCAAGAUGGCACAAAAGAGAUGGAUGGUUUGGAGGAUUGUUCAGAAGAUAGUCAGGAUGCAAAGUCCCUGGCAAGUUCCAUUUCUGAUGAUAAAGAGGAGAAAAUGGAUAUUGACUCUGAUGAAGAAAAAGAUGAUGCUUUAUCUUCAGCAAAAAAUUCAUCUGAUUCAAAAGACACAAGUGAUAAUGAACAAUGCUCAAUCAAAUCAGAAAGCUGUGAUUCAGACUUAAAAUCAAAUAAUAAAGUGUUGGAAAAGUGCAAAAAAGAGGAAAAAGAAAAUGACGCUAAAAGUGAUGGAUCUGACAGGAAGAGACCUGCAGAGUCAGAUGACUCUGCGUCAUCAGAACCAAAAAGAUCUCGUUUAGAUGAAGUCAUAGGUAAACUAGGAACACAAAUAGGUAUUCCGUUAGACAAAGUGAAAGCCAUGGAGGAAUUAUCAGACACUGAUGCAAGUCAUCUUGACAGUGAAGUGACAGAGUCAAAGUCUGAGGAGACUUCAUCUGAUACAGAUGUAGAUGAUGAGGAUGAUGAUGAUGUUGCUGAAAUGAAAACGCCUGUGAAAUCUCCAAAGAAAAGCAGGAGAGUGUCUCGAAAGGAAUUGUCAAUGCUAGUGAAAGCCAAGGUCAUGUUGUAUUUGAGAACAUACAGAGAUGAAACUAUCAAAGAUCUUCACAGAAAAAUUGAUGACCUUCAAAGCAGCAAUGAAAUGUGGAAAAACAAAGCUAGAGAUCUCGAAAGAAAAAUGUUGGAACUAACAGUGCUACAACAAAAACAUGAGAAGAGAAAAGCAAAAACUGCAGCACUGAGGCAAAUUAGCACUAAAUCAAUUGGUGUACAGGUGGAUGAAAAUAAAGUGGAAAAGCAACCAAUUACUUCACCUACACCCACCAUGAGUAAAGGAAUUGCCCAGCAGCAGAGUCAAAGUCAGACAACACCAAAUAAGAGUGGUACCAAAACACCACCAAGAUCAAGUGCUCCAGUUGUUUGCCAGUCUCCACAAGGAACAACAGUGCCUGUAAUGAUUCAGUCACCUCCAGCUGUCACAAGACAGUUAGUACCAAUCACCUCCAACCUUCCAAGAUCCACUUACAGUGUCACAACACAGUCACAGAUAAAACAAGCUUUAAAUUUACCUCCACAGAAGACACAGAUUUUAUUGUCACCUACACAAAAACCUCCAGAACCUCCAAUUGGACAAUAUCCUUGUAAUAAAACUGUCAAAAGUUUACUAGAUACAUCUAGACAACAACAACAGAUAAUAGUGUCAAACAGUACAAAGGCUAUGUUGUUUCCAACAUCAAAUAAUCCUAAAGUUGGACAGGUUCCACAACAGUUUAUAAUGGUCACAUCUACUCCGUCCAUGCCAACAACUACAAAAACAAAUAUGCUAACAACAAUUUCAAAUGCUACAAGGCCUUCAGCCAAGAUAAUUGAUUUGACAGAUGAAGAAGAAAAACAAAUUGUGUCACAUGUUGCUAGAACUCCAUCCAUUCCUACUGUUGUAUCAAGUAUUCAGUCUCAGGGAAAUGUUCGUAACUUAACUCCACAACAGGCAAUGUUACCUCAACAGAAUAUUUUGCUUAGUGGACCAGCAGCAGGAACUCGAUUUUUAAGCCCUACUCAGCAACCUUUACAGUUGGUAUUUAAUUCUGGUGCCCAGCAAAUACGACCAGGAAGUCUGCUUACUGUUGUAACAACUCCAACAACAGCAGGUCUUCGUCCUCCAAAUGUAUCCCAACAACCAACUGUUGGACCUCCGCAAUUAAGAGCAGCACAACUGGUGCCCCUUGCUUCACUUCCAAGAGGUAGUUUACCAGUCACUACAAUGGUAACUGGUGCACAACAAUAUAAUAUGAUGAGAACAGUAAGACCUCCACCCCCAUUACAGUCAGCACCAAGUAGCCAGAAUAACCAACAGAAGCAACAGCUACCUCCAACAACAUCACAGUUAGUCCACCCACCACCAGCUCAGAAACAUAAUCAUCCUGCUCCAUUACCUGUACAAGAUCCUCCACCCAUUAAACCAGGAGAGAAACCAUUAGCUCCUAAACCUACACUUAAAAUUUCUAGGGUUAGUCAAGGCAUAGUUUUAUCAUGGAAUAUGACCUAUAUUGCUAAAAAUCAUGCAGAAAUUCAGUCAUAUCAACUAUUUGCUUAUCAAGAAACUGCAGUACCUUCUACUCCUAGUCUGUGGAAAAAGGUUGGAGAUGUCAAAGCUUUACCUUUACCUAUGGCUUGUACACUGACACAGUUCCAAGAAGGAAAUCGUUACCAUUUUGCUGUAAGGCCAGUUGAUAUUCAUGGGCGACCUGGACCAUUCAGUGAACCAAGCUCUAUACAUCUGAUGCCAAUGAAGUAAAUGUGCAUUUUCAGUAUGGUAGAGAUUCUCAGUCUCCCUUUACUCUUCAAUCUAUUGAAUCAAUGUAGAAAUCAUGUUAAUUAUGUAAAGAGUUUCAUCAGGAAUUCUAUUGGACAAUUAACAUGAUAGAGUAAAUAGUGUUCUGUGAGGGAAAUCUACAAUUUCUCUCUUCUUGUGAAUGUUUUGCAUUCUAAACAGGGGUGCUAAUGGCCAGAUAUGAUCUUAAUAUGUUUUAUUUGUGCAUUUUAUUUUUGUAUGUUAUAAUUUUAUUGUGGAGGUAAAUGUGAUAUUUUUUUAUCAUUAAUAGUUCUGUCAAAUUGUAUGAAGUAAAUACUAUCAUGUACUUGCAGUGCUAUUAAGGAGAUGUUUAUAAAGUAAUAGUAUUUGAAAAAAUAAAAUAAAGGGUACUAAUUGCCUAUAGACAACAAUAUCUGUUGAAAACAAACUUCUAGUAUGUAUUACAUUUCAAAAUAACGUAAAUCAGAUGGAUUUACAUGAAUUGCAAAUAACAAAGUCAUACAUUUGUAAAUCUGAUGUUUUAUUUUAUAUGGCAAGUAUACAAUGUUUUUAUAUCUGUCAAUGGUUCAAACAAUUUUAUUUAAAAAAAGACAACAAAUACUUGUUCUAAAGAUGUUGAAGCUCUUCUCUUUUUUUGUUGUUAAGGAAAUGUCCAUCUUUUGUCUAAUGCUAUUAAAUUCAGAAUACCAUUAAGUGUAUAUGUGUUUGGUAGACAUGCAUUUAAGAAUGAAAAUUUUUAAACUUUGUGGGCGUGAUUGUGUUUUAUGUUCUAUACAACUACAGUUGUGUUUAGUAUAAAGAAUUGUUGUUUACAAUCUGUCAAUUUUAAUGAUUUUAUUGUACAUAGAAAUUAGCAUAUAUUUAUGUCCAGUAUUUAGAUGUUAAUUUACAAAUAAAUUUCUAAAUACUU